AUGCUGAGAAAAAAAGAUCGUCCAAAGCAUUAUGAUGCAUUGAUAGAUACAUUUAGGUAUUAUAUAGAUUUAUUUAAUGGAUUAUAUCGGCUAAAAACAAAAGAUGAAGGGGAAUUGAAUUCGAUUUACAAUAAAAUAAAAACCCUCUUGAUCGAUUCAAAGAUAUAUCGUCCAGAAAAAAUGAUAAUAGAAAUAGGAAUGAUGGCUGAGUAUAAUAACCGCUACAUGAAGUCAUAUCUCUUUUUAACCAAACUAAUUUAUGAUGAUUAUCAUCCAGAAGAUGUAAACGUUUCAGAUAUUUUUGCCUACUUAUUUUAUAAAGAGUAUGCCAUCAUCCUUAAAAACAUUGCUGAAACUAACUUCGAAUAUUUUGAAUCACAGCAUUAUACACCUGAUGUUCAUGAUGAAUACUCAAUUUAUGGAGCAAUUAUGAAUGAUAACCUAGUUAGAUUUAUUCCAUAUACAGAAUGUGAAGAUUUUAAUGAAUAUUAA